AUGAUUGUGAGGUCUACAGCUGUCCAUAAAUGUGAUUUGAGGUUCGUAAAUGACAACCAUCGUCAAGCAACCGCAGCACUUGUAGCCACUUCAUUUAAAAGGAAGUUUAAGGAUUCUCAGACAAUAUACACACCAAGUGACAUAAUGAGAUAUGUGAAACACAACUUUGGUUUGACGAUCCAUUAUUCGAAAGCUUGGAAAGCAAGGGAGUUAGCUCUAUUGUCCAUUGGAGGAUCAGCCGAGGAGGCUUAUUAUAUCCUUCCAGCCUAUUGCUAUGGAUUUGAGCAUAUGAAUCCCGGCACAAAGACACACAUCCAAACUGAUGAGAACAAUCACUUUGUGUAUUUAUUUAUGGCAGUUGGCGCAUGUAUUAGAGGGUUUCGUUCUUCCAUGCCCCCAGUGAUAGCCGUGGAUGCCACUAAUUUAAAAUCUAAGUACAAGGGGGUUAUGUUUGUAGCAAAUGCAUUCGAUGGUAAUCGAAAUAUAUAUCCUCUUGCUUUUGGGAUUGGGGAUUUGGAGACGGAUGCAUCAUCGCAUUGGUUUUUCACUAAACUUCAUGAAGCCAUUGGUGAGUGUCCCAAUCUUGUUAUCAUUUCUGAUCGCAAAAUUAGCAUAGAGAAUGUGUGGAACAAAGUUUUCCCAACAACGCAACAUGGCAUAUGCUUUUAUCAUAUGAAGGGGAACAUGAAACGCACUUGCAAGUUCAAAAAGCAUGAUCAAAUAUUGAUGCACUUUGAGCAGGCUGCGAAAUCUUAUUCCAUUGCUGAAUUUGAUUGUCAUUUUCGCAAGAUCAAGCGAAAGGAACAUGUUGCUCAAUAUCUUGAAGAGGCAGGGUUACAUAAGUGGUCUAGAGCUCACAUGGAUGGAUGCCGCUACAAUGUAAUGACAACAAAUAUUGCGGAGUCAAUCAACUCAGUCCUUAGGUUUGCAAGGAUGCUGCCAGUGGUUCAUUUGAUAGGGGAAAUUAUUAAUCUCCUUGUGAAAUGGUUCACCGAACGUCGUGAGUUGGCUUUGAAUUGCACAACAACAUUGUGCCCCAAUUUUUGCCAGAAGAAGUUGAGGAAUAGGUUGGACAUGCUGCAAGGAUGA